AUGGGGAUAUUAGAUCUGUUUCUCCAGUCCUCCAACUCUAUCUCCCUGUUGGGGGCUUUGGUGGUCUUGCUGCUUGUCUAUAUCUCAUCCUCCUCCAGCUUCAGCUCCGAGAAUGAGGGAAAGGAACCUCCAGGACCAAAACCACUUCCCCUACUCGGGAACCUGCUACAGCUUGACCUCAGGAGACCCUACCACACAUUACUGAAGCUUUCCAAGAAAUAUGGAUCAGUGUUCACCUUCUACAUGGGACCAAAGAAAGUGGUGGUCCUGACAGGAUACAAGACGGUAAAGGAGGCACUUGUUAACCAUGCUGAUGAGUUUGCAGACAGAGGUCCAAUGCUCCUUAUGGAGGAAUUUCAUCAAGGGCAUGGCAUUAUAUGGUCCAACGGGGAAUCAUGGAGAGUGAUGAGGCGCUUUGCCUUGACUAACCUGAGAGACUUUGGGAUGGGCAAGAAGGCGUGCGAGGACAAAAUAAUUGAGGAAUGCGACCACGUCAUUGGAGAGCUG